GAUGCAGCUAUCUCAUCUCAUACGUAAUAGUCUUGAUAUAUUAUGAUGUUCGUAUUGUCAUAAUAUUCGACUAAGGAUAUGUAACGCCCUGAAAUCUGGCCCAAAAGAAUUAAUUAAAUUGUUAGAGCAAUUGAUUACGAAUUGGGCCUAAAAAGGGGUUAAAACUAUAAUUUGGAUUCUAAGCCCAACUUUUGUGUCAUCUCGUAGGAAAUAUUUUUGUGAUCGCGUCGGUUCAGACGGCUCGCGAAUCGGAGUUAUGGAGCUCAUGUUAUGACCAUUUAAUCAGAAUGAGUCAAGAAUCGACCCACGGUCAGUACGUUCCGGAGCCGGAGCACGUGAGCGUGCACACGGUGAACACCGAAGGUUCGAGUUUCACGCCUCCGGGUGACGGAGGGCAACAGCAGAAUCAACCUGAGCCGGCGGGACAGCCACCAGCUGUACCACCGCCAGUCGUACCACCUCCAGUGAUGCCACCGUUGGCGAUACCGCCGGUGGCCUACGAGCAGAUGUUCCCGGCCAUGAUGGCCCAUUAUAUGCAGCACAUGGCGCAGCUUAUGCCCAUGUUCCAGCCACCACCACAGCCGCAGCCGCGCAUCGUUACCUUCAAGACGUUGAAGGAUAAUGGAGCGGAAGAAUUUCGAGGAGACAAGAUGGGGGAGCCCCAGAUUGCCUUGGAUUGGCUUGAGCAGAUGGACCGGGUACUCAAGAAUUUGAGAGUCCCAGAUGCUGAUCGCUCGGAGUGGGCAUCACAGAUGUUCCGGAAGGGAGCAUAUGAUUGGUGGAAGCGCGUUGACCAGGAUCCACACACGCCCAAGCCAUGGACCUGGGAUCGCUUUGAUCGAGCCUUCACGAAGGAGUACGUCCCCACCCGGUACCGCGAGGAGAGGCGCGAUGAGUUUGUUGCGCUUAAGCAGGAGGGGAUGUCACUGCCUGAACUGAGACAGAAGUUCGACUACCUGUCCCAGUAUGCGACGAGUCUGGUCUCCACUCCGGAGGAUCGUUUGAAUGAGUUCGUCAAGAAGCUACGGGCGGACUUGAGGCCGUACGCCGCGCUGAUCACGACGACAGAUUUUAAUGCGGCGUAUGAUUUGAUUGUGAAGACGGAAAAGAGCUUGGACGAUUUGCAGGCAACCAAGAAGGAGGAUCGAGCGACGAAAGACCCGCGACCCGCGGCCAGCACCGGGCCGAGCGGAAAGAGUUUUGGAUCCGGGGGAAAGAGGUACGAGAAGGGUUCUUCGAGUGCGCCGCCGCCUAAGAGGAGUAAGUCGAGGCCGUCUCCGUCGGCCGCCGCUAGCAACUCGAUCCGAACGAGGAGCCACCCGCAGUGUGUACAGUGUGGUAGGCAUCACCUGGGCGAGACUAGUGUGUGUUGGAUGUUUGACUUAGUCUCAUAGUCAAUGACGGUGUGUUCGCAUCCGCACAUGGGCAGAUAUUAUCUGGAGAUAAUAGGAUGCCGGACUGACCCAUCCU